AUGUCGACUAUGCAGAAUGUUGAACUAACAGCUAUUGAUGAUUACGUCCAAGAGUUUUCGCCCCAAGUGGACCCGAAACCGAGAUCUUGGCCACCGCUACAAGGAAUUGCUCUAGUUGAAGUUCGACAUGAGUUGUUAAUGUACGGAGAGGUAAAUUUAUUUGUUAUUUAUAAAAUCAUAAUAGUAGUUCCAAUUAUUAUAGUUCUGGUUAUUUUGAAAAUUCAAAACUGUAUUGUUUAUUUUGAAAAACACUUUAAAAACUGUUUUGCACCGUGCAAGUUUUAAAAGGACGAUUGCACGGUGCAGAAUUUAAUUUACUAUUAGCAGCAUGGUGCAAUUGGUAGUUCAAGCGCCAAUUUAAAGGUAAAGUCUGGUUAAAAGACCUUUUUUAGGUUUUGGCAAUUGUAUUCUUAUUAGUGGGUUUAGUCAACGUUGCUUUAUACCCAUGGGUACGAUUUGGCCAUGUCAACGUGCUUCAUAAUUAUGAAAAUGUCCUGAAUUUCGAUGUCGAUAAGUUCGAUGAGGUGAGUUUUAACGAAAGGCUUUGCGAUUUUGAAAAUCAUUUUGUAAAAAAAAGUUAUUGCAGUUUUUAAAAAUGCAUAUGUAAACAAAUUGCUUUCGUUUUUUAACUUCCUUUUCAGGUUUACGGUAAUCUGACAGAAUUAAUUUCUUUUCCGACAGAAGGUGUGUCACCGGCAGAAAUGUUGGAAUCGGUGACAUAUAAAUCUCCAGGUUGUGCAGUUUCCACUGAUCUGCCGGUAAUGAUAAGUGAAAGAUCACAUUUUUUGAAAUUUUUUAAAAGUUAGAAUUGAAAAAAAAUUUCAUUUUAGCCAAACCAAACAGCUGAACAUAAAGUAAAAUGCGAAACCGCUACCCAUCUCCGUAAUGGAUUUAUGUAUUUUGCCAAACAAGCAUCCUAUGACCAAUAUAAAGAGUUGGUCGCGGCCAAGUCAUUUCAGAAGUUCCACAAAUACGAAUGUUGCCAUCAUAACCGACUCAAGCUUUGUCCAUGUGGAUUUGUGGUUGAGAACGCGACACAUUGUUUUGGACCGUAAGUUUGUAGUCAUUUUACAGAAGGUUAUAGUCUUUUUAGGCUGGAAUGAUAGACAAUUACUUAUAAUAAUACUUUUAGUGCUCCAUUAGAAGAAACUUGUGACGAUUUCGCAAACGGCACCCACUUUGUCAGCAUGGUUGAAUCUGACCCAAUGUGUAAAGAAUUUGUGGAAAUGUUUGAAAACAAAGGGUGUAAGUGUUUUACGAACUUUUGGACCAAAUUUAUGAAAAAUUGACGUUUUUUCGAAAAAAUUGCACAGUGCAAUACUGAACAGCAAAAUGCUGUAAAAAACGCUUAAUAAAAACUGUACGAUGCAAUAAUAUAGUACACUUUCAGACCCCGAAACCAAGGUAGAAUCAGGACUGGAUUACUGUGCAGUAUUGGUGAGAUCAUCUUAUGGAAAUAUGUGGGAUAAUGGGUACGGAUUCUGCGUUUACAAGAAACCUCCAUACACACCGUAUUACAUGCUUUGA